AUGGGUACCGGGUCAGGUUCGGAUCCCGAGUCGAGCUCGUCCGGGUGGAGCCGUGCUCCUGGUUUAGUGGUGAAGGCGCUGAUUUUGAUCGGCGGCGCUGUUCUCAUCAAGCGUCUCACGAAAUCCACAACUCGCUGGGACCACUCUCACGUCGUCUCUCGCUCCCUCAGCGGCGAGAAGUUUUCUAAGGAGCAGGCAUCAAGAGAUCCUGAUAAUUACUUCAACAUAAGAAUGAUGAGCUGCCCAGCAGCUGAGAUGGUUGAUGGUUCGCAGGUUCUCUAUCUCGAGCAGGCAUUUUGGAGAACUCCUCAGAAACCCUUUCGGCAAAGAUUGUAUAUGGUUAAGCCUUGCCCAAAGGAGUUAAAAUGUGAUGUUGAGGUGAGCUCAUAUGCAAUCAGAGAUGCUGAGGAGUACAAGAAUUUCUGUGACCGCCCAAAGGAUCAACGACCACUUCCCGAAGAAGUUAUUGGUGACAUUGGAGAGCAUUUGACAACGAUGCAACUUAGUUGUUGUGACCGUGGGAAGCGUUGCUUGUAUGAAGGAACGGCUCCACCUGGUGGUUUCCCAAAUUCAUGGAACGGUGCAAGCUAUUGUACAUCUGAUCUUGCGGUCCUGAAAAACAAUGAGAUACACCUCUGGGAUCGCGGGUUUGACGACGAUGGAAACCAGGUUUGGGGACCAAAGCAAGGUCCGUACGAGUUCAAACCGGCGCCCUCAUCGUCGACCGUCAACAACGAUGUGUUCUCACCUCUGAAUAUAUUUCCUCAAUCUACACUUGAUAAACCUAUUAAAGGAUCCUUCAUCUUGCAAGAGUAG